UUUACCCCAGCAGGACCAGCCUCUUGCCAAACAUGUGGGUGUGGCUGUGUUUCUAAAGUGGGGUAAUGAAAACGAAAGUAGUGCAAAGUACAGAAUGGCGGCUGCCUAUGAGUCUGACGAGGAGAACCUGUCAAAGAGUGACAGUGAAUCUGGCUUAAGCUAUGAGUCGCGCAGUGACGGGUCUUCAGAUGAAGAAGCGGAUUGUCAGUUUUAUGGGAAAGAGCCCUGCAAGUAUUACAACCAAGGCAAGUGUAAGGAUGGUGAUAAGUGCUCCUACCUGCACUUCUGCAAGUAUGCCCUGACAGGAACCUGUCGCAACGGCUCCAAGUGUAAGCUGAAACACCCCCGAGGUGGAAGAGAGUCCUCUGGUUCAACCAACGGGGCCUCGAACCGAUCAACGUCUAGAGACCCAAAGCUCACUGAUGGCCAAUUCUACCAGUGGCAGCUGAAUGAUGGAAACGGCUGGAUGGAUGUCAGCAACGAUCACGUUCUCGAGAGCCAGUACUCACUGCCCCACACCAAAAGCAUUAAAAUCUACAACACUCCGUAUGGGGCUGUGAGUAUAGACUUUAACAGGAUGAGAGUGUAUGGAAAGAGUCUGAGAGUGAGACGUUUGGAUGAUGGGAAAACCGCGUGGAUCUGGUACUGCACACUGGGCCGCAAGUGGAUCAAGUAUGGAGACAAGGAUGCGAAGGGGAGCCCCAGUCCUGCAAAGAGCUCCGACAUAGAGCAGAAGUUCCAGAGUAACCCGAUGAGCUCCUAUACUUUCAGCAUCGGCCCUGAAACAUUUGAGAUUAGAUUCAAAGAUAUGCGACAGGUGACUGCAAAGAGAAAGAGGAAAGUUACCCGUCGACCACAGUACCGACAAAAGCCAGCCGGAGCCAGAGCCGGAGCAGGAGCAGCAGUUUCUGAAGCAGCCGCGGCUCUCCAGAAUGUUUCUGUGGGCACCAAACCACAGUGGCAGUUUGAGGGAGACAGCGGAGCGUGGCACGCGUUCAAACACAGGCAGAGCGGCACCCAAACUGAAUGCUCAGUAACUAGCGAUGACAUUGAGAGGAAGUACAAUCAAAAUCCCAAGGGCAGCAUGACCUUCAAAGUGAAAGGACACUCCUACAAGCUGGACUUUGGAGCAAUGAUGCAAACCAACCUCAAAACCAAGCAUACACGCAAGAUCAGACGUGUCCUGGUGUGACUGAUUUUGAAGACCUCAAGAAGAAAGUCUACAGACACUUGUGCAAUACCAUAUUUAUGCAAUCAUUAUAAUCUGGGAUUCAUAUAUUCUCCUGAGACCUGAUCUUUUAUUUGGUGUUAUUUUUAAUUUGUCCUGGCUAUUUGGGAUCAGUAGGACCUGAUGAAUAUAAAAAACUAAAGAUUUUCAACCCUUAUAAAGUCCCAAUCUUCUCAAACGAGACGAUAAUGAAGUCCCAAUGUCCUCAAACAAGACGAUAACAAAGUCCAGAUGUACUGAAACGAGGCAAUGAUUAAGUGUCAAUGUCUUCAAAUGAGACGAUGAUAAAGUCCCAGUGUCUUCAAACGAGACGAUGAUAAAAUCCCGAUGACCUUAAACGAGAUGAUAAUAAAGUCCCAGUGUCCUCAAAUGUGAUGAUAAUAAAGUCCCGAUGUCCUCAAACGUGACGAUAAUAAAGUCCCAAUCUUCUCAAACAAGACAAUAACAAAGUCCUAAUGUCCUUAAAAGAGACAAUAACAAAGUCCCGAUGUCCUGAAACGAGACAAUGAUUAAGUGUCAAUGUCUUCAAACGAGACGAUGAUAAAGUCCUGAUGUCCUUAAACAAGAUGAUAAUAAAGUCCCAGUGUCCUCAAACGAGACGAUAAUAAAGUCCCAAUGUCCUCAAACGAGACAAUAACAAAGUCCCAAUGUCCUCAAACGAGACAAUAACAAAGUCCCGAUGUCCUCAAACGAGACAAUAACAAAGUCCCGAUGUCCUGAAAUGAGGCAAUGAUUAAGUUUCAAUGUCUUCAAACGAGACGACGAUAAAGUCCCGGUGUCUUCAAAUGUCUUCAAACGAGACGAUAAUAAAUAACCAGUGUUCUCAAACGAGACGAAAGUAAAGUCCUAAUGUCCUCAAACGUGACGAUAAUAAAGUCCUAAUGUCUUCAAACGAGACGAUAACAAAGUCCUGAUGUCUUCAAAUGAGUAGGCUACUGUCUAAUUAACAGCAUCUUGUUACUGUUGCUAACAUUGGUCAAAUCUGUUAGCAUAUCAAUCUACAAACAUUAUUAAUCACAAAAUUCAUAACAUGUGAUCAGGUUUUGGACCUUGUCCAUUUUUGUGUCAGGAUCAGCUGCAGACUGACUUGGCAGAGGUGGCUGCCAUCUUGUUUUUACAUGGAUUACUGUAUUGUGCUCUUACUACCACUAGAUGACACAGAAGUGUCCACGUACGAGAACAACAGGUCUAAGUUAAGUAGAAUGAAGUAUAAGGUGCACUAAACCCAAAAUAAGAUGUCCUCAUAUGAGGACACAGGGUCUCAGGAGGAUAUCUAUACAUGGCCUAAUUUAUACAAUCUUUAAUAUUGUUUACACGAGACAGGAAUUCAGGAUGAGAUUAAAUUGUCCUGAACAUGGCUGUGUCAUUUUUAGUAAUGUGGCUGCCACAGGGGAUUGUUUACCAACACAAACACUGCCUGACUAACUUGUGCUCAGAUUAUGAACUGUACCAGCUUGCCUUUUAAAAACUAUUCUUAGACACAGACAGUACACGCUGCCAUACCAGGGGAUGCACUUAAUUUUUGUAGUUAAAUCUGAAGAAGAAAUUGAGAAUAUAAGACAAAGUCUCACGAAAUGAUCAAACAAAAUAUUUCAUGUUACAGUCAAGCUGCCACAUAUCUACGCACUGCCUCGUCUUAUGUUAUAGAACGGACUAUUUAAGAACCAAAUCUAAUUCAAAUGAAUGCCAAUGAACUGUUUUAUUUGAUUUUAAUGGUUUUUAUAUGGUGGUUACAUUAUGUAAUAAAACACUGCAGUUUUUCAGCUCAAUUCAUAUCUUUUUAUUUCAAGAUUAGAAGUCCAGUAUUAAGUCUUAAAGAUUGCUCUCCUUCAUACCUCUGCUUUGCACUGAGAUACCAGUGUGAUACAGAGUAUAUUAAAUAGUAUGUAAUAGUAAUUUGGGUAACUUGUGAUUGCAAGUUGGGAAAAAAUACAUCCAAUGUUUUUUGUUGUUGUUUUUGUUUGUUUUUGAGGCAAUAAAACAUGAUGUGAGUAAAACAAAACAAUAAAACAUGAUGUGAGUC